AUGAAAACACAAAAAACAUUAAUCUUUUUACUUGCACUACUAGUUUUUUUAUCUUUCUGUAAAGCAAACGAAGAUAAGGAAAAAGAGAAAGACAAUAAUAUAGAAAAACCCGGAUUGUUUAGUAGAUUUAAGGGCUUCUUUUCUAGUGUGUUUAGAAGAAAUUCAAAUUCUAAAGAAGAAAAACCCACAGAAGAAGAACAUAACGCCAAAAAGGAAGGGCAUAACGCUGAAAAGGGAGAACAUAACGCCAAAAAAGACAAAAAGAAUGCUAAAAAGGGAAAAAAGAUCCAUGAAAUCAAUGAAGCCACACACCCUGCCAUAAAUCCAAAUAGUGGUUAA